AUGUUAAGGCCCAAGGGGGCGUGGUUUGAUAACAAAGCUGUGAUCUAUUCUGAAUCAAAAGUGGGCGAUUACCAACUUCUAAAACUUAUCUACAGUGACCACUUCUUCUUCUACCAGCACCACACAGGAGAUCAUACGUCCACUAGUUGACACACCCCUUCUCACAACUCUCGGCUGUGACAAUGGCCCAGCCCUAUUCUGGGUCGGAUCUCCACUCUGCCUGUGCUGAUGGCGAUUUGGUCAAAGUCGAACAACUUCUAUCCGAUAAGAACUUUGCAAACGACAACAUUAACAAACUAGUUUUCGAUGGUGCCUUUCAAUCGGUAAUAGGUCCUCUUCAUCUUGCCGUUGAGGGAGGCUUCAAAGAGAUCUGUGAAGUUCUCCUCAAGAACAACGCUAGCACCUCUCUUCUCGACGGUGAAGGAUACACUCCGCUGCAUAUUGCCUGCAACGUUGGAAAUGUCGAUAUUGUCAAACUCCUGUUAGAGUAUGGAGCCGACCCAGAGUUUGUUCACGAGAGCUCAGGGGCCACCUCACUUCAAGAAGCUGUGUGCAGUGGGUCUUUGGAGCUUGUCGAAUUGUUGCUGCCUUACAUUAAGUCAAACGAUUUCGUAAAUAUCAAGGACAACAAGGGAUGGUCCCCCCUCCAUUUUUCCUGUCACUACGGGCAUGCCCAGAUUUCUGAGUGUCUUAUUAAGCAUGGUGCUCGAGUCAAUGACAAAAUAAAGAUCGGACGAACUGCUUUACAUCUUGCUGCCUUCGAAGGAUUCGUUGAAUGCACCAAAGUGCUGCUCGAACAUAAAGCUGACGUGGAUAUACAAGACGAAGAAGGUUGGACUGCUGUGAUACUCGCAUCUCAAGAAGGUCACCCAAACGUUGUGAAGUCCAUCUGUGAGGCUAACCCAGAUCUCACUUUAACAAGCAAAAACGGCCGCAAUGCUGUUCAUGCCUCCUGUUUCCACGGUCACUUCAUCUGUAUCAAGCAUAUUCUUGAAUGCCCCGGGGCUGAGAUGCUGAUCACUAGUGCUGAUAAAGACGGUUGGACUCCCCUACACCUGUCUGCACAAGAGGGCCACAUAGAGAUUGUUACACAUCUCUUAGAGUACCGCCAAGUCGACAUCAAUGCACAGGCCAGUAAUGGACGUACACCACUCCAUAAUGCCGUUCUCAAAGGCCGACUACAAGUGGCAGGUUUUCUCAUUUCGGCUGGAGCCACAAUAUCUGUUCGAGACACAAAACAGUGGACCCCACUCCACGUUGCUUGUCAGCACGGUUACAAGGGAAUUGCUAAACUGUUAGUCCAGAAAGGUGCACAAAUCAAUGAUGUCAUCGACAGCGGACGAAACUGUCUUCAUCUAGCCGCCUUUGAAGGGCAUACGAGUGUUGCCAUGUUUCUCCUUGAAGAAGGAAUCGAUUAUCUGCAUCAAGACAAAGACGACUGGAGCCCUCUACACCUGGCUGUCCAAGAAGGCCAUGAGUUGAUCGUUGAACUUCUGUUGGGUACGCCAAAAAUCGACGUAAAUGCUCGAGCAAAAAACAAAAGAAUUCCUCUACACUCUUCCUGCUACCAUGGUCGAAUUCAGAUUGCCAAGAUGCUACUUGAAGCCGGCUCAGACCUCACUGUUAGAGACGAGAAAGGAUGGACUCCACUUCAUUUGUGUUCACAAGAAGGUCAUCUAGACAUCGUCAAGCGACUAGUUCUCUUGCAAGCACAAGUCAAUAUUCAAGCCGACAACCGCCGUGCUCCGAUUCACCUUGCUUGUAUGAAAGGCCAACUACCAGUAGUGGAGUACUUGCUGAAGCAUGGAGCCCAGAUAGAUAUGAAAGACACUCGACAAUGGACCCCUCUCUGCAUAGCGUGUCAUCACAACCACUUUGACGUUGCCAGCUACCUGAUCAAGAACGGUGCUACAGUGAACACCAGAAUCGGUGGCGGGAGAAAUCCCCUUCAUUUGGCCGCAUUCAACGGAUUCACAGAAAUCUGUACUCUACUUCUAGACAGUGGGAUUGAUAUCAACGAGAAAGAUGAAGAAGGUUGGACACCUCUACACUUAGCGGCACAAGAAGGUGCUUUGGAAGCUGUCAAAAUACUCGUGGAUAGAGAGGCUGAUAUCACUGUUACCUCAAAGAGUGGUCGCAAACCACUACACAUGUGUGCUUCGUCUGGACACACCGAUAUUGUGGAUUACCUCAUUGUACAAGGUUCUGAAAUCAACAUGGCAGAUGGCAAACAAUGGACUCCACUUCAUUCGGCUUGCAACAAGGGACAUUUAGAAACUGCCAAAUUGAUGCUUCUCAACGGAGCCAAUAUCGAUUCUAUCAUUCUCAUGGGCCGGAAUUCUCUUCACCUUUGUGCAUUUAAUGGCCACAAAAAUGUGGCAGAGUUUUUGAUUGAUAAAGGCAUCAACAUUCACCUCAAGGACAAAGACGGGUGGACUGCCCUACAUCUUGCAGCACAAGAAGGUCACAUGCACAUUGUCGAACUCUUACUCCGAUGCGCGGCAGACGCUUCUAUCCAAGCCAACAAUCUCAGAAUACCCCUCCAUCUUGCUGCCAUGCACGGGCACGCUGAAAUUGUCGAGUUACUAUUGAAACACUGUCCUCAAGCUGACGCUCUCGACUGCAAGCAAUGGACACCACUGCACUCUGCCUGUAACAAGGGCCAAACUGCUGUUGUGCGUGUGCUGAUCGAACAUGGAGCUGAUGUUUUGAGAAUGAUCGACACUGGAAGAAAUUGUAUUCACCUUGCAGCGUUUAAUGGAGGCCGUGAAGUUUGUGAGAUUUUACUCGAUCAAGGUUGCGAUUUAUUUGCACAAGACAAAGACGGAUGGUCCUCUUUACAUUUAGCAGCUCAAGAAGGUCACCAUAGUACUGUGCAGUUGUUUCUCGAUAGCGGUGCUGACGUAGAAGUCCGUUCAAACGACGGUCGAACACCCCUCCAUUUAGCUUGUCUCAAAGGUCGAACGGAAGUUGUUCAACUGCUAAUAUCGUCAGAAGCCGAAUGUGACGUUGUAGACAACAGUAAUUGGUCACCUCUCAUCGACGCCAGCAAUGGAGGAUUCCUGGAUCUGGUCACAAUCCUACUGAACCACCAGGUCAGAGUGAACAUACAGACAAAUGUGAAACAAGAAACGGCCCUACACCACGCAGUGUAUAACAAUCAUGAGGAGGUUGCUUGCUACUUGAUCGAUAGAAAUGCUGUAUGUACGAUAUUAGAUGCGACCGGAAACUCCCCAUUUCACGUCGCUGUUACGAAAGGGAAUAAGAAAAUUGUCGAACGAAUGGUCCAAGUUGGAGAAGUUUCCAUUUAUGAGAAAAAUCGAUCCGGAGAUUCGCCUCUGAAAUUAGCCUGCCAUGCUGGGCGGUUGGAAGUAGUUGGUUAUCUGUUGCACAAAGGAGCUGUACUCAACAACAUGAUAGAAGAUGGACAAGAAGCUUUAGAAGCUGCUAGAAGUAAAGGACAUAAUGACAUUGUUUGCUUAUUAAUUAACUCUGGAUGCUUAGACGGCUGGUAUGUCGGCUAACUAUAAAUUAUAGGAGCAUCUAAUUUAUAAUAAUAUUAUUGUUUUUUAGCCUCGUGCAUUAACAUUGUAUUUGCUACAGUACAUUCAUGGAAGCACCCACAUGCAUGCAGAUGCAUUAUUAUUACGUACAUGUAAUAAUAUGAAUGUUGUUACAAGUGAAUUUGUCACAUGAUAACAAUUGGAAGUACAUGUACAUGUAAUUGACCUCUAGUAGAUCUAAAAUUUAUAUCUACACCAAACGCGGUAUUGUCUACAACACAAGCAGAAAAUAAUAAGAGCCAGCCGUAAAACUAGAGCACCAGUGUCAUGCCACACGGAGCAGGUCAUACAGGAGGAGGUCACCAUGGGGGAGGCGGGUUUCAUCACCACCACCACCAUAAUCACCAUGGACACCGUCACUAUGGCUAUGGGAGUGUGCAUACCUCCGGAGGAGUGUACUAUCGCUACGGGCAACGUCGUCGCUCUCUUGGUUGGAGUUUCUUCUGGAUGGCCGUUGUCGGGGUAUCCAUCACCUUGGCAAUCAUUUUCUCAGUCCGAUAUGGCCUGCCCAGCGAUAACAGUUCGGAUAAAGAAUACGCCCCUAACGAGACUAGGAUCAUCGCCUACUCUCCGAUCUUCUGUGAUCACAUCAGCAUCAGUACUAGUACCGACACUUUACCACCUGAUACUCGUAUCGUCUUCUCAGUGUUAUCUGAAAAACCACAGUUGAUUGACCACGACUCGUUUCAGUUCCUAGAGUCUCCACUCUUUAACUUUAUGCAGCAUGAUUACCAAUAUUGGAGCUAUCGUCUCUACCAAGGCUCCAGUUUUGGUUUCAGUGCCUGUAAGAAAGACUCCAGUGGAUAUUUCAUGUACUAUGUGAUUAAAGGUACUCGAAAUUUCAACUCUUGGGUCAAUAAUCCAAGAUCAAGUAAAGCAAUUGAUUCGAACUCAAUACCAAACUUUUGCUCCACUAGUUCUAAAACAAACUAUACCCACAAUGUGGCAACUGAAGAUGAUUACUACAUGGUAUUCUUCUUGGAACAUGGUUCAACAAGCGGUGCUUUAAAUAUUCAAUUUGACGUGUACCGUACCAAGUAUGUGCCCAUGCCUGAAAGCGAUCUCGGCAACUGUACUCUAAAUGAUUAUAAUAGUCAAUUAUGCACGGUUGAAAUCCCAUUGAGAAACAGCUAUGGCUUGCUCUCCUUGUCGGCAGAUUCCAAUGUCGACUGGUCAGAAAGCAGCAAUAUCGAUAUCGGUUGUGGAGCCCGUGUCUGGGUAUAUGUUGCUAUAUCACUACUAAGUGUGUCUUUCUUUGUAUUGAUCAUGGUGUGUAUAAUGGCUUGUUGCUGCUAUUUUGUUCGUCGUCAGAGGAAAAAGUACACUCCGCUGAGCACAUCACAGGCCACGCCCAUCAUCCCUGAAGCCCCAUCACCAACUACAGCUGCAUAUGUUACCGGUAAAGAAGCCCCUCCCCCGUACAACCCCAUGUAUGGCGGUGCAGCCCAACCUCCCAAGUAUACGUAACUAGAACCUGCUUGCAGUUCUGUGUUACUUUCAUGCCAUUUAUCUUAAUAGACUUACGUUUACUCUAUGUUGUUAUUAGUUGUUUGUCUAAAACUCCUAUAUGUUUCAGUUUAGUUCAGCACUGCUAAUCAGCAAUUGUGUAUCUUUUACUUUCGUUUCGUUUCCAGGGUUAGCCUUGUGUGCAUAAUUGCUUUUCAGCUAGUAAA